AUGUCUGUCAACCUGCAUCCCUGUGGCCCUGUCUGUUCGUUGGUGUUGUUGUUGUUGUUGUUGUUGUUGUUGUUGUUGUUGUUGUUGUUGUUGUUGUUGUUGUUGUUGUUGUUGUUGUUGUUGUUGUUGUUGUUGUUGUUGUUGUUGUUGUCACCUGUGUUGCUCACGUGCUGUGAGCGCACGCAAAUGCGCUGUGCUGCUCGCCAACUACGUCCCGUCUCGCACAGGUAUAUCCGGGACAAAGCUGUGCCUGCCAAUAAGGUGGACGUGGAUCCAUGGCAGCCAACACACCAGUGCGACGCUUACUGCUUGCAAGUCUGUGAACAUUCGACCGUCGACGACACCGACUGCCCCCGCCUCUGCAGGUGCGAUGGACUGUCUCCGGCUCAGCUGCUGGCGGAGCGCCGCCGCACUCCCAUCACCAUUCGCCGUGGCGUCGUGCACAAACACCACUAG